CCCUCCAGGGUCGGCGUAGUAGGCGAGCGCCGCGUAGGCGUCGGUGGCGCUGAUGAGGACAUGGACGAGGGAGGUGGAGAGGACGACCCCCGGCCGUACCCAUGCCGCCCGCGGAAGGCCUUGGUGAGCGCGACGGGGAGGAAGACACAGACGUCUUCAGCCGCAUCGUCGCAGCCACGUCGUGGCAGGUGGCUCCCUACCUGUGCGCUCUCCCCCGCUCCGGCGCCGCAAUCAAGCCCGAAUCAGCGCCUUCCUUCGUCGUCGAUCUGCGGCCCCUUAACACGCGUGGUCUGCCCGACGCGCCGCCUCCGCAUGCUACACUGGUCGAGUCCUUCUCGGUUUUCUACUGCUAUACCUCGCAUCAAGAAGAUCUUUGAUGGGUUUCAUAAUCGGGAAUGUUCUAAGCUAGCUUUGUUUCUGGCCAUAUUGUUGUUUCUAAUAGCUAUCUGGAUGUGGGAACAUAUCAAGUGGUAUGGAAGAUUAGGUCGUCCCGUGAUGCGGGCUCCCGCGAGCCGUUGGAUCUGAGAUUAAGAGGGAUUGAAGGGAGACAAGGGCGGUUUGAUAUGCCUUUUUCGAAGCCGAUGCUGGAUAUACCUUUACAGCGGAUGAAGAUGAUCCAGCUGGGUCAUGUAAAUUUUUGAUACAUCUGCUUCAUAUGUGAAUUUCUUAUUAAUUUUUGCAUGGGUUAGUUUGCUGCAAAAGGUUGUAUUUUGAAUUGAACUACGAAUUUUGUUUUUGGUUCAUGUUGUGGGCACGACGAUGAAUGGAUGUAAAUCCUUUGGAAAACCAGACAACAGUUAGAUAUGAAGCA